AUGCAAUAAAAUCCAGAAUUCAAGUAAAUACAAGCCUUGCUCUAACAUUCUUAAUAACUUAGUACUUUUAACAUUACUUUUGCUUAUAUAACUAAAGCAUAUUGUGCAUAAAGAUUACAUGCAAUCUAUAAAAAAACUCAACAAUAGGUAUCAUUCUUAAUUAUCCUUUUCUAAGGAUUAUAUGUAAUUGCUUUAAUAAUUGAUCAGUGAAUUGGAAAAUUUAAAGUCUUAAAAUCUAUAAUUGUAAAAUAAAGAAGAAAUUAAAAAACAUUACACAGAAUUUGUGUAUAAGUUCUUCUAUGAUGCAGACACCAGAGAAAGAGAUGGAGAAGUUUCCUAAGAGCUCAUGUAAAUGUUUGGAUCUGUUUAAAAGGCUAUUGAAGUACUCCAAUACUUUGAACCUUUGAAUUAAGAUCAAUAAGAAAAGCGUAAUAUGUAUUUAAAUCUUAUAGAAAAGUAUGCCAAAUUUAAGAUGGUUGAAUAACAUAAAAAACUCAAAGAUCCAACUUUAAUUAAACCAAAACCCAAAGAUUCAAUUGAAGAAGAACUUGAAUAAAUUGCUUAAAAAUAAACUUAAUUGACACAAAAUCAAUAAUAAAAUUCAAAUUAAUAAUAAUAAUAUUAAUAAGCAAAUAUAUAAUAACCAUUAUAAUCUAUUAAACCAGUAACUCCUUAAAUUGAAAUACCCUAAACUUAACCUUAAUAAUAAUCAUAAUAUUAAUAUUAAUAAUAAUAAUAGUAAUAUUAAUAGUAAUAAUUGUAAUAUUAAUAAUAAUAAUAAUUAGUAUAAUAGUAAUAAUAAUAAUAAUAGUUAUAAUAAUAAUAAUAACAAUAAUUAUUAUUACAAUAAUAAUAAUAACAAUAAUAAUAAUAACAAUAAUAAUAAUAUCAAUAAUAAUAAUAAUUAAUUAAUUAAUAAUAAAUGUAAUCAUAAGCACAACCAUAAAGUAAUUAUUAAAUUGUUAUUAUAGAUUAAUAAGGGAAAACCUAGAAGCUCACACCAAUGGAAUAGGCCUAAUUGAGAAAUUAAAUUAAAACUAUUUUACAAUAAGCCAUUUCAGAAGUAGAUUUUAAAAAAUAUUAAAAUGCAAAAGAUUAACUUCAAAAAACAUUAGGAAUGUUAUAAUAAUUAUUAGAUAAUUAGUGA